AUGGGAGUCGGCGUAAUUGCAAUCCUGCUGGCCUUCUUGGCACUGGCUCGCGCCCUCCGCAAUUAUAGUCGCUUGAGCUCCAUCCCGGGUCCGUCGUUCGCGGGCUGGUCGGAUCUUUGGCGUACCUAUGCUCGCAACUCACCCCACUACGGUCGCCGUUUGUCAGGACUUCAUCUCGAGCAUGGCAAGGCCGUGCGCUUGGGUCCGAAUUUCGUCAGUGUGGCCGACCCAGCUGUCAUUUAUCAGCUGCAUCAGAGCGAAGGAGCCCAGUACGAAGGGGCCAUCGACGUUUCCGCCCAGGGACUCGUCAAAGCCAUCAGGAGAUAUCACACACUCGACCUAACAGCAUCUCUGCGUAUAUUUGCGACAACAUUCGUUAGCGACUUUGUUCUGGAAGGCUGGCUACAUAAGGAACGGAUCAACAACCAGGGGACACCGAACCGAUACCCAAGCCCGUCAUCGAUGAUCGAAUACCUCCUCUUGAUGAGUCCAGCGCGAUCACUGAAGAGAGGCCGCGGAGGACAACUUGCAUCCUGUACGAGACUGCCGACAGGAACAUCAGCCGCACCCCGACGAAACGAGCGGAUCUUGAACGUCGCCACACCAACCCAGUCUCCCGAAAGAAUCCAAAACGUCGCCAAAGGAGCAGACUGUCUCGUCAGUACAUUCGUAUCAGCCUUCUACUUCCUAUCCAAACACCCAGAAGUCAUGUCUCGACUCCAAGACGAAAUCGACACCGCGUUCGCCGUCGGAUCUCUAUCGGACCUGCCCCUAUGGCGAGAAGUCAACAGACUACCAUACCUGAACGCCAUCCUGAAGGAAUCUAUGCGACUGUCCUCCGCAGCCAACUUCGAAGAAGAGAUACUAUCGCCCAAGGGCGGUGCAACCGUCGCGGGGACGACCAUCUGCGAGGGAACAGUCAUCGGAUGCAGCGCCCACGUCCUCCAUUUCGAUGGAGAUGUAUACGGAAACGACGUCCAUAUAUUCCACCCCGACCGAUGGCUCACGCCAGACGCCCAGCGACGGAGGAACAUGGACCGAGGUCUACUGGUAUUUAAUCGCGGGGUGCGCAGCUUCCCGGACGUCCAGGUCGCUUGGCAUGAGUUGAAAAAGGUUGUUGUGCUGCUUCUGAUGAAGUUUGAUGUGAGUUUUUUUUCCUAGUUUGAAAGAAAGAAAGCUUUGCUGACUACCGACUAGAUGCAACUUCUCCGUGUUGAGGAAACCCCCAGCGACAAGAAGAUCGCCGACUCCCGCCCGUCCAUGAUCGUGAACUUCAG